AUGAUGGAAGUUGGUAGUGAAAGAAAUAACAGUAGCGUAUUAUCACCAUCACUCACAACAAGCAAAAGCCAUUCAGAACCAACCACUUCAACAACAACCACAACCACAACAAAGGACUCAAACGUAUCAUCAUCAUCACCAUCUACAGCAGACAAUCGCGUUAGGCACAAUAAACCAUCACCACCACCACAGUCUAGUCUACAACGCAGCCACUCAGGACACUCGCCUGAAUCUCACGCUUCCGCUGCUGCUUCCUCGUUUGACUCUGGACCUUCACUAGUUGACAUAUUCUAUUCAGCAAAAAAAUUACUCAAUUUACAACCAAGGAUGGAAAAUAGACUGUUGAGAAAGUCAAAUAGCAAGACUCAACUAAGUCAUUUGAAGAAUAAUGUGUCAAACGAUCAAUAUAAUAUAAGUAUAUCACCAGACUUUCGUCAAGCACUCGCAUCACAUCAUCAUCAUCACCACCAGCAACAACAACCACAUCAACAGCGGCAGGGUAGACAUGUACACCUUCUGGGAACGAACGAAGACACUUUUGACCUACUAUCUCCAUUGUCGAUUGAUGAGCUACAAAACACUACUGCAUUCAAGCCGAUAUUCAAUAGCUCACCGAGACGUACGACUGAAAACUCGGCAACUCCCAAUCUACCGCUGCAGCAAGCAUCCAAUGGUGAGGACUCCAUGGAGAUUGACCAUGUCGGCCACAAAAACACUGAAUACAAGUCUCCCGACUCGGAUCAUAGCAGUUCUUCAAGAAACAACUCUAGUGCGUCAGGCACGUCAGCUACCUCAAGUGUGGCAUCAGAUGUUGAAACUGAAAAACCAAAAUCAAACUUGACUUCAUCGCUAUCCAAACUAAAGGAAAUGAAACCGGAGAUUAAAACUGAAAGGGAAGAGUCUAGUGUGCCUAAAAAGAGAAACGACGCAGACGUGACCAAGACAAUCUGUUUCAACUGUAAAACUGAAAAGACUCCAUUGUGGAGAAAGGAUACAGAUGGCAACACAUUGUGUAAUGCAUGUGGAUUGUUUUUGAAGUUGCAUGGUACCACGCGCCCCUUGUCUUUGAAAACCGAUGUCAUCAAAAAGCGAAAUUCAAGAAAAUCUUCAAGUAGUGGUAUGGCUAGUUCUGCUCCUCGAACUUUGAACAUUGCAUCAGCACAGUAUUUGAGCACAAGAAAUGGCGAUGGUGUGACAGUGUUGAAGAAACACACUCCGAUUGCCAUUGCUCCCAACCCCAGUACUGUUGCUUCGUCAUUGCCAAAUCAAUUUUCCAACUCAUUUGGUGCUUCCAACUCACUACAAAAUACAAGGUUCAGGAAUUCAACCAUUUUGCCAAAGACUUCAAGCUCAACUAAUUUGAAUAGCAACUCAUUCAACAAUAGGAGUAUACCUAUACCACAAAAUUCUAAACAAGGUGGCAAUUCUCCGUCAUCAGCUACGUCAUCGGCAAACUCAUCCUAUUCAUACCACACUAACCAAAAUCAACCAUUCAAAAGGAAGAAAUCUGAGGUUAACAUUCCGGCAACAAUUGAACAAAAUGGGGUCAUGAGUGCAUCGCCUUUCACCAAGAGAGGCAGCGUGGGUGGAUUCCCAUCUAGUGCGUCGUUGAAUCAGCAACAGGGUAAUAGUUUCAACAUUUCCAAUAUCCCAUCCUCGAUCAAACGAGCCAAUUCACUCGUGUCAUCAUCGUCAUUGAGUAGAAGAACUUCGUUGGUGAAUAUACCUAGAAAAAACACCGUUUCUGUAUCUACACCUACAAACUCACUUACUUCGAAUAACAUGCACAUGCACAAUCAACGGUUCCCACAAUCAAACUAUUUUGACACUCCACAGGAAUUCAAUAGUGGGCAAGGGCAACAACAUCCACAAAUCUCAAGGCACAACAGCAACACGACAAUCAUACAUAUGGGUGGUAAUAAUAAUAACAGUGUGAAUAAUCACGGUUUUAGUGUUGGUCAUAAUAACGAUGUUGCAGAUACGCCAAAUUCCUUAAACUCGCCAAACUCAUUGCUCAUCAAUAGUUUUAAUGAUACCCCUACUUCCAUACCUGCUACGCCAUUGAAUGUGCUGGGAAUGCUCCCAUCUUCUGUCCCUAAAACGUCAGCGUUGUCAGCUCAGUUGAAACUGCAACACCAGCACCAGCACCAGCACCAGCAACAGCAGCAACAGCAGCAGCAACAACAACAGCAGCAGCAGCAACAACAACAAUUCCAAGUACGUGGCAUUCAAGAUAUGAAUACUCAACAAAGGAAGGUUUUGGAACAGUAUAGAGCUAGUAAACCACCAGCGGUGCAGCACCAAGGUAUCGACGAUGAAUUGAUUAUGAAUGUGAGUGACAUGGUUUCUGAAAUCAAUGCCGACACAGUUGAUUCCCACAUGAGUAUGAUUGAUGAGGAGUUUUUCCGCAACUACACAAGCUUGCACAAUGAUGAUGACGAUGAUAAUGAAGACGUGGGUGGUGUAGAUGGAUUUGAGAUUCCCAGUUUGGCAUCUCAAGAUAGUUCCCGAUUGGCGUCGACACAAAUCUCGCCCCUGAAGAUCAAUAUAUCCGCGCCUAAGCUGACGCAAUUCACAAGUACAAGUGAUGCGUUUGCUACGGUGAAUAAUGGUGGUGCUGGAGGUGCUGAUGGAAGUACCAUGGCUGAUUAUAAGGAUUUAGACUGGUUAAAAUUUGAAUUGUGA